AUGCUAUGUCCCCCAACAACUAGACAAAAUGGUAGCCCCCAAUCUGGUCCUCUGAUCAUCAGUGAUGUUGAAGAUCAGGACGAACCAUCCACCACGGCACCAGACCCCCCUCCUCCAAGUAACAGAACUGGCAUCCGCACCGGCAUAAAGCUCGAUUUUCCACCUGGUCAUUCCCCCUACAACUCCUACCCGAUUGCAUGCAUGAUGCUACUAAGCUUGAGUGGGACCUUGAGUUCCAUCAGAGCAUUUUGUACCUACACCCUUGGGACUGCAAAUGUCCCACUACAGCUGGCCCUUGCUGUCAUCCCUGUCUUCGCAUUCUCCAGCAGAAAAAGCUACAGGUACUGGCCUUGGGGCACACUCCGAAAAGCAUUGCAACAGGCACAGCAGCACCUGACUACCAAGAACCGGUGGGUCUUCAAUGCAAGUGUCAAGCUGGGAAGGAGAACACGCACCAUCGAUGACCAUAAACACCUUAUGAUGAUAAUCUCAUCUGGCGAUGUGAUGCGUGCUGAUGCAGUUAUGUGGGCAGGACUAAGGAGGAAUAUGAGCAUUAGUGCUCUUAUUCUCUUAUUUUCGAAAGCAGCCACUAGAUCAUAUUCUGUCAAAUCAUUUAUGGAGCAAGAGAUGCAAUUAGGGAUCUUGUUUCUGCGACUAGGGGGGAAUCGGCUUGCAAGCAUUGCCCACAAGGCCCUAGGCAUGCCAGUCUCUCUUCAAGCAGGGAUAUCUACCGAAAUUCCCCCCAUAAGCUCACCAUAUUCCAGCCCAUAUAUAUUGAUGUUUGAUGAGAUCAAGAUUGAGGAAGUUCCUCGGUACAAUGUGGUGAUGGACCAAAUUGUCGGGAUCUGUUGCAAACAUCAAGCUGGGUAUGCACUUCAAUCUGAGUCUGAACAUGAGGCAUAUCGGUUAGCAGAAGGUGUGAGAGAUGGGGAAAUUCAUCUAGCAUCAGAGGCUACCAUUGGAGCAAUAGGUUUCCUUUCAUCAAGUCCUCAAAUAUACAAUGCACAUCCCAUUUUGAUAUUGCCAACAUGUAAACACGAGAAGGCUGGAGACCAUGCUGAAUUAAUCAAGUCUGUUGCAAAAUCUUGCAAGGCUCAGCUACCAGGCUCAUUGUGGAAGCACCAUCUCCAUGAAAAUGGGGUCUCUUCUGUUGUCCUCAACGGGCUCUUGAACCCUGCAGACAAGCAGGAUGUACCCAAGGCACUGGAAUUGCUCAAAGCAGUCUGGGACUUGCCUCUCACAGAGGUGUGUGGCAACAAGCCUGAAUGGGCAGCACAGCGUCGAGCUCUUUCCAUGUUUGGGCAACUAUGCUAUAUGCUUCUGACACACCCAAGUGCUGUGUUGCAUCUACUGCUCAUCCUCUUUCAUGCAAACCCUCAAAAGGGACAUUUCCUGCUGACCCAACUCUAUGUGGACAUUCAAAUAAUGAUCAAGAAUCCAAGGUGGACCCAGACAUUACCCACUUCUACAUUGUACUUCUCGGAACAGAUCGACUUGAAGUUACUUUUGGGAUCUUUUGACUAUUGUGGGCAACAAUGCAAAUGCGGACACCUUACAGCUAACUACUCAACUAUCCCAUUCUGGCCCUUUGGGAAGGUCAGCAUAAGUGGGGUCGUGCUCCUCACUGCUUGGCAAGAUGGUGCCCUACAUGCCGGAACAGUGGAUCCCAACAUUAGAUCUCGAUGCAAUGCACUACCUAAGGAUGGGACAGUAGAUAUCCUCUCUCCUCUUGGAGAGCUGGUUAUCAAGAUGGAUAUGACUAGCAAUCCAGAUGUGGACAACUUAGAAAUAGAAGACAGAGAAGAUGUUGGGGAUGCAACAGCAGUCUACCAGCCUGAUGUGCAUACCAGUGGUAUCUGGGAGAGCACCACUGUGGCCUUGACCUCGAAGAUGUCAUUAAUUUGA